AACAUGGCCAACCGGCUCUCGGAGCAAGAAAUUAGGGAACUCAGAGAUGCCUUCGCCCUCUUCGAUCAAGAUGGCGACGGGCUGAUCACCUCCAAGGAGGUGGUGACCGUCAUGAGAUCCCUCGGGAAGAAUCCCACGGAAGCUGAGGUACAAAGUAUCAUCUGUGAGAUAGAGGCCCACAAGGGAAAGGCAGAUUUCCCAAGGCUCCUGUCCGUGAUGGCCAGGAGGACAAGGAAUUCUGACACGGAGGAGGAGAUCCGAGCAGCUUUCCGCGUCUUCGAUAGGAAUGGAGACGGCUACGUCAACACGGCAGAGCUGCGACACGUCUUGACCAUCGUGGGUGAGAAGCUGACAGACAAAGAGGUGAAGGUGUUGAUCAAGGAGAUGGACAAAGAAGGGAACGGGAAGGUCAACUAUGAAGAAUUUGCACGAAUAAUGGUGGAGAAGUAA